UUAUUAAAUAUCCACGUGAUCUAUUCUUUGAGUUUUGUUUGUUUGUUCCCUUUGUUCGUUUCGAUUGAAAGAACCUUGUAGCUAUGAAGGGAUUUUAUUGUUUUGUUGUUUUGCUGUUGAUCUGUCACUGGCCCACACCAAGUCUUAGUGAUGCUCAUCUUUUAGCUUCAAAAACGUUUUUGAAUGACUACCUUGUAGAAGGAAAAGAUAUGACUGUUCGUUACACUAUAUACAAUACUGGAUCAAGUGUGGCACGUGACGUCAAAUUGACUGAUGACUCAUUUUCAUCCACUGAUUUUGAGCUUGUUCAUGGGCUAAUGUCUGUCAGCUGGGAUAGGAUUCCAAAUAGUGGUAAUGUAACUCAUACUGUUAUAUUACGUCCAUUGAGUUCUGGGAUUUAUAAUAUUUCAUGGGGAUCUCUGAGCUAUAUUAGCAAUGAAGAUGGUCACAAGAAGGUUGGUUUUACUAGUGCUCCAGGUAAUUAUAGGGUAUUAGAAUUAUCUGAAUUCUCACGUGAACAUUCUUCACAUAUUACUGAAUGGAUAGCAUUCUUUUUGAUGUCUGCUCCGACUAUGCUGCUUCCUUUCUAUCUUUGGUAUUCCAGUCAUUCCAAAUACGAGAAAUUAAAGAACAAGAAAGCUUAAUUCUGUGCUCUUUAUUUAAUAGCUGGUUCAUUAUUAGGAUUAUUAUUCAUUUUUUUGAUAAAUUAAACAUAAACUUGAUUUUGCCAUUUUAAAAUGAUA